GAGUCCUCACUGUGAUCCUCGUUUAAUAACAAUGAUGGUAGUAAACCGAAGAAGGAGAAAUGAUCAGCGUUCAGUGAUUAGGGUUAGGGUCGACUUCUGGUCGCGUUGUUUGUUAUGUAGAGGGAUGAUGGGACUUCGGGAAGUGUCAUCAUGGCUCUUUGGAAGGUCCCUCCUCCACUCUAAAGGUUAGAAACUGUGUCUAGCGAAAAGCUGUCCCCCCCAAUUCACUUCACGGGCAGACGCACGACACAACUGUACCUCGAGACUUGUGUCUUCCUUACCUGACGGCUCUCAAAACGUGUGUGUCCUAACUCCACAUGGCACACUACAGAUCAAUUAUGGGGGAGAAGAGAGUCUAUUAGUAAUUCAGAUUGAUACGUGGGGGUCGUUUUUGGACCCCCCCAGGUUUUGAUUUAUGGGUGUAUUCAUUUUGUUAAGUUACCGAUUCCCUCUCAUGGAAUGACAUCUUAUCCUGAGUUACUUCUUCCCUAACACUCACUUGCUCUGAAAUGGGAAACAUUGAUUAAAAAAAAUAUAUUUUUGUUCCCAGGGUGGCAUGUGACAAUUCUGUAAUUUGCAUUUUGUCAGCGGCCUUCCCAAUUCUUUUGUCCACGUCUGUGCCUGACAGAUCUGUGCGGUGAAUCAGGCUGAAAUCUGACCCUGCAGAGGCCUAGAAAAGAGGUAGUGUGACAUGAAUCAACACCCUUGUGUAUUUGACACACACACUCGCACUCGUGGGACGGCGUAAAAGGACAGGCAGGCGGUGUUUUGGACACUUGGCACAUCCAUAUUCCCUUUGAUCGGGUCGGGGACUCGUGAUAUUCAACUUCCUUUGUGGAAAGCGGGAGUGAGGACAGCAGCGCUCACUGAGUCUCGACUGUUUCGGAGCCAAGACCCCCAAGAUAUGGCUGCAGAAAAACCGAGGAUGAAGCUGAACGAGCGCAGCAUCGCUCACUAUGCGACCAGCGAUGCCCCCGCAGACAAGACGGGACAUUUGUACAAAAAGGGCGAGCGGAACCCGGCUUAUCACCGCCGCUGGUUCGUGCUGAAAGGGAACAUGCUCUUCUACUUCGAGGACAAAGACAGCAAGGAGCCCAUCGGGGUGAUCAUCCUGGAGGGGUGCACGGUGGAGCUGUGCGAGUCCUCCGAGGAGUACGCGUUUGCCAUCAAGUUUGACUGCAUGAAAUCCCGCGUCUACAAGAUGGCGGCCGAGAGCCAGGCGGCCAUGGAGUCCUGGGUGAAGGCUCUGUCCCGAGCCAGCUUCGAUUACAUGAGGCUGGUCGUGCGAGAGUUGGAGAAACAGCUGGACGAAAUGCAAGCCCGAUGUCAGAGGAGGCUGCCCGCCGUCCGCACCAAGUCCAGACCCGGCCUUGGCAUCGGCGCCGCUCCUGCGGCGAGUCCGCAGGCCUCGUACAACAGGACGAACGAGGAGACGGUUCAGUUUAUGCCUACUGUGCCGGCUAAAGAGAACGGAGUGGCUUGGAACAAACCCAGUGAAGCGCUGAACGGAUGUGUCUAUGCGGGCUACGACGGAGGCAGGCCACCUCCCGUACCCCCCCGCAGGAAGAGCGGCGGAGGCGGCAUGGUCUCCGCGUUAGAGAGCCCCGUGUCUCCGGGGACGUCUUGCUUUGACAAGCUCCAUGACUGGUACGGGAAAGAGAUCAUCGCCUUAAGAGACGAGUGGCUGCUCAGCCAGACGGACGGACCGCCGUCCCAUGUGUGAGCAAAGAGCAACGGAAAGGAUGACAAUGCCAAAGACUGCUGCUGCUUCUUCUUCUUCUUCUUUUUUAGUCUCCUCUUUAUUUUCCACUUGUGUGGGACUGGCUUGUCACUUCCUGAAUGGGGUCAAGCACAGAACGGGUGACGUUAUUUCAGUUUGGAAAUCCUCCAGGCCGAGUCAGAACUCAUGAGGUGCGCAACGAGAGGCCCUUUUCUCCUGCUGGGCGCGACUCCAGGCGAGUGGGUUUUCGUUUCGACUGACUUAGAGAUGACCUCAAGAAAGUGGGAGGGGCAAAAUGGAUUGUUUUAGGGAUACGCCCUGACCCCUCAUGUCAUUCUUUUCACGGACGGUUCACACAUUCACGUCACCGAGAACAUGCCACAUCUCCGAAAGGGCAGAUCCCCACAUCGAUGAGGUAGGCGUCCGUGCCCACCAACUUUGGGAUUAAUGUAGGCCACCUCAGUGGAGGAAGAGAUGUGGAGUGGCGGACUCUCAAUACCCAGAGAUACUUGAAUAAAGCGGUACACGAGCCACAUUUACCUGAAUGAAUAUAUUGAAACGUUUAGGCCGUUUAGGCCCAGGCCUUGCUUCGUCUCUAUCCUUUCUCACUUACUUAGUAGUGCGUAGUAUUUCAUUGAUUUCAAUUAGUAUUGCGAGGGAUAUCGGAAGUGAAAAAGUACCAAAAAAAAACCAUUUUUGUUUUAAACAGUGCCCUACCAGCAUUAAGUUAUAUUCGGUACUGGAAGCAAACUGUUGUUUACAAGCACCUCGCGUUCGGUCGUUUAUUAGUACAAUCGGAACUCCUUGGGCGAGAUCCACUUCCCCCGGCUCUUCAAUGUAAUGUACAUAUUUCAUCUUCCUUGAAUCACCAACGGGGAUCUGUUUGUCGAGCCUGUCGAGACUCCGAGGGGGCAAAAUGCAUGGAUGUUUUACUAACGUAUUUUUCAAAGCAACUCUGGUAAAUCAGAGGAAACGCAUAUUUAAAUCGAAGACCUGCCUCUUCAUCAAUCAAGAGUCCCGCCUUCAAUUUAAAACUUCGACCCCUUGCGGCUGCAUCUCCUCUGAUCGCACUGCUCUGAUUUUUCCAUCAGCAUUUAUUUAACAACCAGCUGUACUACCCAUCCAAGACAGUUUGAAAUCUAAGUAAUCAACCCCAGUGGUUAACCUUUGCAAUGCACCAUCUGUUGGAAUGUAUUUUGCAAGGCAUGUAGUAAUAAGAAGCAUUGCAUGUGUCAUUCCAACAGAUGGAGCAUCACAAGCAUUUGUAGUAGUUAAACGCAUGUGUCUCUGU